AUCGAUAUGUACAGUAUAUGUAAAUAAUGUAAUGUCAGGAAAGGCUUUAAUCAUGAUAAUUAUCUUAAUCGGAAAUCGUCAGAAGUCAUCGUCAUCACACUGUGUGAGAUAGAGAGAGAGAGAGAGAGAGGGAACAGCAUCAGAAGUCUCUUUUAAGCUAUAUCGCGUUCCACUUUGCUACCUUGCUUCUCCAGCUCGGACAUGGUGGAGCUUAGGGUUCCGAUUGCGGCUGCAACGACAGGGCUUCGGCUGAGGGCUCGGUGCUCGGGGUCGGAGUGAGCGCAUGGUCUGGUUUUUCGACCCGGUUCUGACUUUCGGCCGGGUGUGUUGACCCACAAAAGAAGAGGAAUUUGAAUAUCUGGAGCUCUUGAACUGAAGCAUAUGAAGUUUUUGUUACUGGGUUUCCGCUCUUCUGCUCGUGUUUGAUUCGUCUGUGGAGAUAGAGCUGGUUUCGGCGUGGUCCAUCUGCAGUGCGUGCAUCAUGAACCCUCCCUCUGCCCAGUUUGUGCUCCCCAGGAGGAUGGGUAUGUAUGAGCCCUUUCACCAAAUAGGAACGUGGGCUCAAAAUCUAAAAGCUACUGAUGAUUCGGUUGCAUCUGCAUCUCUGAUUGUAGAAGUGGAUACAAAGUUGGACAAUCAGUCAGAAGAUACUUCACAUGGCACACUGGGUACUCCAAACAAGUAUGAUCAAGAAGCAAGUAAACCUUUUGACAAGAUUCAGAGACGUCUUGCGCAGAAUCGUGAAGCUGCACGCAAAAGUCGUUUAAGGAAAAAGGCCUAUGUGCAGCAGCUAGAAACUAGUCGUUUGAAACUUAUUCAAAUAGAAAAAGAACUUGACAGGGCAAGGCAACAGGUUUGUCUCUUUAUUAUACAUCCCUCAUUUCAUUCGGCUUCUCCUCAGAACUCCAAACUCGUAAAUGCUUUAUUACAGGGCGUCUACACGGGUGGAGGAGCAGAAUCCAGUCACCUGGGGUUCUCUGGAUCUGUAAACACAGGAAUAACUGCAUUUGAGAUGGAGUAUGGGCAUUGGGUCGAAGAACAAGAUAGGCAGAUUCUCGACCUGAGGACUGCUUUGCAAGCCCAUAUCAGUGACGCAGAGCUGCGGAUACUUGUACAGAAUGGAAUGAACCACUAUUCCACACUCUUCCACAUGAAAGCAAAUGCUGCGAAAGCUGAUGUGUUCUAUGUAAUGUCGGGCAUGUGGAAGACGUCAUCGGAACGCUUUUUCCUGUGGAUAGGAGGGUUUCGUCCUUCGGAGCUUCUCAAGGUUCUUGUGCCACAACUUGACACGUUGACAGACCAUCAACUUUUUGAGAUAUGCAACCUAAGGCAAUCAUGUCAGCAGGCAGAAGACGCUCUGUCCCAAGGCAUGGAGAGGCUCCAGCAGACUGUAUCCGAGACCGUCUCUGGAGGUCGGUUGGGUGAGGGGAGUAACAUUGCUCAAAUAGCUCCGGCCGUUGAGCAGUUGGAAGCCCUCAUCAGCUUCGUGAAGCAGGCUGAUCACAUUCGGAAGGAGACGCUAAACCAGAUGCCCCGAAUCCUCACGAUACGCCAAACAGCUCGUGGCCUGCUCGCAUUGGGGGAGUACUUCCAGCGCCUCCGGGCACUAAGCUCGCUCUGGUCUGAUCGUCCUUGUGAGACCACCUAACUAUCACUUCAGAAAACCUUUUCUCGACCUAAGUAGGCCGUAGUCAGGGACAAACCAGCUUCUGCUCUAGCCACCAAUAAGCAGGCCAAUUUGCCAUUUCAGGAGUUUCGCUCAAGAACACGAAAUGUUAAAAUGAAAGUUCCCUCUCUGCUGCUGAUAUUUUUUAUGCGGCACAUAGUAAUUGAAGCUGUAAAAAUGUAUGUAGCCAUUUUAUCCUGGAGACGAUUGAGAUGGUUUUAUUUUCGUAGUCGGGUGAGAUGUCAAAGUUAGUAUAGGUUUCUAGCUCUUUUCGGGUUGUGUAAAAUGGGUCUUUCCGUAGUCUGAAUGUCUUACAGACAUCCGUGUAUAUAUACACAAAAUUCGCUUGUAUUUCGGAUUUUAAUUAUCUGGAGGGAUGAGAAUAAGUACCCGGGAUAUGAGGACACAAACAGUAUUGCUGCAAUUGAAAGCUCUAUGUUUCAUUGGAUGUA